GUCACGUGAUAAGAGUUGAGGAAGAUGGUCGAAGUUUGUGCUUCCUUGAAGUAAAACCCGCGACUCUCCCCCAAAACAACCUGCUCCAAGGGGGGCUGGACGCCACUGAAGUUCACCCUGGAGUUCGGGCCUUCAUCCCAGCCCUAUGUCAUGGCAAGUGAAGUCACCAGGGCAGCCAGUUCCAAUGGUUACCAUAUAAAGGCACAGCUACAAAUCGUUGUGCUAUCAGCGAAACUGAAAGAGAACAAGAAAAACUGGUUCGGUCCCAGUCCUUACGUGGAAGUCACCGUGGAUGGCCAGUCCAAAAAAACCGAGAAGUGCAACAACACCCACAGCCCCAAAUGGAAGCAGCCACUCACUGUAAUCGUGACGCCGUUCAGCAAACUGGUGUUUCGCGUGUGGAGCCACCAGACCCUGAAGGCUGACAUCCUCCUUGGCAUUGCCAUGUUGGACAUCAGUGCCACGCUCAAGUCCAAUAACAUGAUACUCUCAGAUGUGGUGCAGACCAUAAAGCUGUGUGCCGACAGAGACCAGACAGACGUGGUGGGAGACCUGUGUGUCAGCUUGGACGGCAUGGCGGUUGAUACCGAGGUGUUUGCCAAGGCUGAAGUCGACUAUCACAUUAUGUCAAAUGGAGAUUCACAGCAGCCCAAUGGAGAGCAUACACCAAGACAUAGCAGAGACAGUUCGCCCUCUGUAGACAACAUAGAACACCGCUCAUCUCCUCAGGGGCGAAAGUCAGGGACCGUCUCCGGUUCUCCCAGGGUGUCGUCUGGGAGCGUGCGGCCACGUAGACCCUCCAGGCCUCCUCCUCCAACCCCUCGCAGACCCAUCAUUGCACCGGCAUCUACCAGCAACAGCUCUGCACCAUCUGAAAGCAGUAUUGGUCAGGCGGGUUCAGACACACCCGUGCGUUCUACUGUCCCAGGACCCCCAGCAGCACCAGAUUCCAGUCCUUCAGGGAGUGCAGACAGGAACUCCACAGCGUCGACCUUAGGGCCCCCAGCAACCAGACAGCCAACCAGCAGCGUUGGCCCUGCUGUCACCUCCAGGGUGCCUGCAGUCAACGCUGGGCCGCUACCUCCUGGGUGGGAGCAGAGGGUGGACCAGAACGGCAGAUUGUAUUUUGUUGACCACGUCGAAAAAAGAACAACGUGGGAGCGCCCGGAACCGUUACCACCGGGCUGGGAACGUCGCGUCGACCAGAUGGGCCGGGUUUACUUUGUCGACCACAUGACGCGGACCACCACGUGGCAGCGCCCCACGGUGGAGACCGUGCGCAACUACGAGCAGUGGCAGCACCAGCGUAGCCAGCUGCAGGGCGCCAUGCAGCAGUUCAACCAGAGGUUUAUAUUCGGGACACAGGACCAGGCGGCAGCCACACAGAAUAAGGAGUAUGAUCCUCUUGGGGCUCUACCACAUGGAUGGGAAAAGAGAACCGACAGCAAUGGCCGAGUGUAUUUUGUGCAUCAUCCUACAAGGUCGACGCAGUGGGAAGAUCCACGGACACAAGGCUUGUUGAAUGAUAAGCCGCUUCCAGAGGGCUGGGAGAUGAGGUUUACCGUCGAAGGUAUUCCUUAUUUCGUAGACCACAACAGAAGAACCACCACCUACAUCGACCCUCGCACUGGAAAAUCCUCACUUGAAAAUGGGCCUCAGAUCACCUACGUCAGAGACUUCAAAGCCAAAGUACAAUACUUCAGAUUCUGGUGCCAGCAACUGUCAAUGCCUCAGCAUAUUAAGAUCACUGUGACUAGAAAAACGCUGUUUGAGGACUCCUUCCAGCAGAUAAUGAGCUUUAAUGCUCAGGAUUUACGAAGAAGACUAUGGAUCAUCUUUCCAGGAGAAGAAGGCCUCGACUAUGGCGGUGUUGCAAGGGAGUGGUUCUUCCUGCUGUCCCACGAGGUGCUGAACCCCAUGUACUGUCUGUUUGAAUAUGCCGGGAAAGAAAACUACUGUCUGCAGAUCAACCCGGCCUCUUACAUCAACCCCGACCAUCUGAAAUAUUUCAAGUUCAUCGGCCGCUUCAUCGCCAUGGCGCUCUUCCACGGCAAGUUCAUCGACACGGGUUUCUCGCUACCCUUUUAUAAGCGCAUGCUGAACAAGCCUUUAGCCCUCAAAGACCUGGAGUCCAUCGAUCCCGAGUUCUACAACUCUCUCAUGUGGAUCAAGGACAACAACAUCGAAGAGUGCGGCUUGGAAAUGUUCUUCUGUGUCGACAAGGAAAUCUUAGGGGAAAUCACCACCCACGACCUGAAACCCGAAGGAGGAGACAUCCAAGUUACGGAGGAGAACAAAGAAGAGUACAUCAGGUUGGUAGCAGAGUGGAGGCUGUCUCGGGGCGUAGAAGAGCAAACACAGGCGUUCUUCGAAGGCUUCAAUGAGGUCCUCCCGCAGCAGUACCUGCAGUAUUUUGACGCCAAAGAGCUGGAGGUGAUGCUGUGUGGCAUGCAGGAGAUCGACCUGGCAGACUGGCAAAGAAACACCAUCUACCGACAUUACCCUCGAGGCAGCAAGCAGAUCCUGUGGUUCUGGCAGUUAAUAAAAGAGAUGGACAACGAGAAGAGGAUGAGGCUGUUGCAGUUUGUCACCGGGACCUGCCGCCUUCCUGUAGGAGGCUUUGCUGACCUCAUGGGAAGCAAUGGCCCUCAAAAGUUCUGCAUUGAGAAGGUGGGAAAAGAGAACUGGCUUCCCAGAAGUCACACGUGUUUCAACAGAUUGGACCUGCCGCCCUACAAGAGCUACGAGCAGCUGAAAGAGAAGCUGAUGUUCGCCAUCGAGGAGACGGAAGGCUUUGGACAGGAGUGAUGUUUUGAAAGCAGCCUCAAGAGGCAGGUACACGGGGAUCAAGACCACAAUGGGACUCUUGUGUGUUUCUUGCAUCCAUCCCAAAGGAAAACCUUUCCGAUCGCUAGCCUUCGUCGGAACCAAAAUCUACCACCAUCGAUCCCGUACCUCAGAAUGAGCGCCAAUUUAGGCAUGGUAGCGUUUGCCAAAAUCACCACUGGAGGGCAGCAAUUGUGUCUCGCUUUGCAUUAGUCCAAAUAUUCAUCGCUAGGUUAAAAGCGGGUCGCCAACAGUGACGCUGAUUGUAUUGUGUUGGCUCUUAGGGUGCACUCACACUUUUUAGGCAACCGUUUGUUGGUCUCGGCACGCUUGGAAAAGGUGCACCUGGGCUUGAUUGCUCAUGCAAGAGAACCUAACCUGGGCGUGUAUACUAAUCAAUGAACUCGCUCCUUCUGCUAGUUAUUAAUGACUAUCGCCACCUUGCAUCAUAGAAAGACUUGAAAUACUGCACAAAGUCCACUGGGCAGAUGCACGUAAAUAGACUUGUCUUGUGCUCCCUCCUCCCUCCAGUUAUGGACGAUAACCGCCUCCUCGCACCAUAGAACCACUCGAAGCAAACAGGGUCGGGCAAUUUGCAAUAUGGCUUGUAUGAUGAAGUGAUGACGUGUAGAGCAGUGUGAGUGCACCCCUAACAAAGCAACAUCCACCACAAUGAUUGUCUCCUCCUCUCUCACCUGUGUAGCUCCUGUCCCGCUAACAAGACUUUUGAAAUACUUUCAAAUGUGAACUGCACUUCUUUUGGGAAUUUUGUCUAUCAUUCACAAUCUUUAAGUGAGGAAAACACAUUUUUUCUCUCUUUUUUUAUGUAUUCUAACUUGUAAAUAAACGCUAGCAAGAGUCAGCUGACAUGGAGGUAUUGUGAUUUGCUGUAUUCCGCCUAAUAAGCGUUCUAAAAACAUCUAAAAGCCUCCGUCAAUGUAUAUACACGCUUAGUUUGUAUGUAAUAUAGUAACAGGCACAUUCUUAAUAACGUAAUAUUUACAUAUUUUGCUCAUUUUAAGCAUAAAUUGGCGCAUUCAUUUCACAGGCGCAUCACAGCGUUUGCUAUUUCCUUCAACAACACUGCUAAUCAUGAGCGCCAACCACGACUACUUUGGAACAAUUAAUGAUGCAAACUUUAUAUUUUUGAUCUGAAUAUAAGGAGGAUGGCCUACAAGUUUUAGAAGCUGAGUGAUAAGCCGAUCCACUGCUAAAGAUCCAAUGCUAAAGAAGAAAUACAAACUACAGACAUAAUUAAAGCUGCAAGCAGCGUUGGUCGGGCCCGCGUAUUUGGCAGGUGCUAGUCCUAAGUGUCCCAAUACUUUUGUCCAGUUUUAGUCCCAAGUGUCCCAAUACUUUAGGCAAGUUGUAGUCCUAAGUGUCCCAAUACGUUUGUCAAGUUGUAGUCCCAAGUGUCCCAAUACUUUUGUCCAGUUUUCGGCCUAAGUGUCCCAAUACUUUUGUCCACUGGUAUUUAUAAGUGUCCCAAUACUUUUGUCUACUUUUAGUCUGAAGUGUCCCAAGACUUUUGUCUAGUGUACCUACCUUGUCUGCAUUGUGUGGGCACGUUGGUGCUUCCUGCUUUUAAGCAGCCAUCUUGAGAAAACAGCAGCGCAGCAGCAUCAGCGCAGCGGUUCUUUGAAGGCUCAUAAAAUAAAAACCGGAGCAGUUAGAAAAAUUAUUUCGAUAAAUUUUAUUAAGAAGGGUUCAAUCUCUCUCCUGUGUUAGUUUGAAGCCGAAACGACAAACGCGCUCAGAGGAGAUAAUGUUUGAAGAGAAGUGACCGGUUUUUACAAAAAAUUUGUUUUGAAGAGGGAAUAGCAAACUUCCUGUUGAUUUUUGCUGGGGGUUGUCAAUCUCUGAAAUGUAGGUUUAAGUGAGACCUACAUAGAGGUUUUUGUUUCAUGUCUCUCCGACCUUCCCAGUGGGAGUUACAGGCAGUUUUGUCAUUUUUUUCUUCAGAGGAGCAGUAUUUUUUUGCGUUUUAUUAAAAAAUUGCAGUAGAGCGCAAUUUUGAUAUUUGGGGUUAGGUUUUUUUUUAGAUCGCAAUGUUUGCCAGUCCUGA